AUGUCUAGGAAACUGGCUAUUGCAACACUACUGUACUCCGCAGAUUAUUUGCCAGGCGUGUUUGCCCUUGGCCACCAAGUAAAUAAAUUUUUAGAGGAAGCAGGCAAAAAAGAUAGUAUUCAAACUUGCCUUAUUGUGACGACUUCCUUAUUCAAUGAUACCUUAAGCGGUUUCGCCAAGGACCUUCUUAAUUCAGUAUACACCAAAAUUGUUUUAGUGAGCCCUUUAGAAUUUCAAGAUGAAAGUGUGCAAAGAAACAGCGAAAAUUUAGCUCUUUUGAAAAGGCCUGAAUUAUCUGCUGCUCUAAUCAAGGCAAGAUUAUGGGAAUUAACUCAAUUUGAACAGGUACUUUACUUGGAUUCAGACACUUUACCCUUGAAUAAAGGAUUUUUAAGACUGUUUGACAUCAUGUCUAAACAAAACAAGUUACAGAUUGGCGCUGCUGCUGACAUUGGCUGGCCCGAUAUGUUCAAUAGCGGUGUUAUGAUUCUGAUACCAGAUGCCGGUACUGCAUCCGGUUUGCAAGAUUAUAUUCUCGAAAACACUUCAAUUGAUGGCUCUGAUCAGGGCAUUUUAAACCAGUUCUUCAAUCAAAACUGUUGUACAGAUGAGCUGAUCAAAGAAAGUUUUCCCCGAGAGUGGGUACAAUUAUCAUUUACAUAUAAUGUGACCACCCCUAAUCUUGGCUAUGAAUCUUCACCCGCCAUGAAUUAUUUCAAACCAACCAUCAAACUGAUUCACUUCAUUGGGCGACAUAAACCAUGGUCCCUGUGGUCUCAGAAAAAUUUCAUCAAAAACGAAUAUCAUGAUCAAUGGAAUGAAGUGUACAACGAGUUUAAGAAAGAAAAUGGAGUUGAAGUUGAAGUGCCUAAGGUGGGCAUCGAUGACUUUGAUGAUACUGAAAACGACCACACAAAAACAUCAACAGAAGAAAUUUCUCAAGUAAGUGAACCUGCCCCUGUUCCCGAGGUUGCAGCAACGAACACGCCAGGGGAUAACAUCGAAGAUUCGGGUAAUGAGCCUCCCUCCAACCCUGUUCCGUUGGAUUUCACUAAGUGGCUGACAACUUUCAUCAAUAAGGAUUAUUCAAUCAGUCAGCAGGCAACUGAAAAUGAUGAGCAACCAAACGAGAAUGACGGCAAUGAAAAUAACAGCAGCCCAAGAUCUGACCAAGAAAGUUCUAUCAAUGAUAUACAGGAACCCGUCGUCCCCAGUAAUGACGUAAGUGCCCAGUAUACAAAUGAACCGCAAGAGCACACAAAUGAUGGUGACGCAACAGACAAUACCACUUCAGGAUCUGAACAAAAAAGUCUCAUAGAGAAUCUACAAGAGCCUAGUACUAUAAAUAAUGACGUAAGUGUUCGGCCCAAAAAUGAAAACGGUGAGCACCCAAAAGAAAGUGGUGAUAGUGCCGAUGAUAGCAAUCCAGAGCCUGAACAAAAAAAUUCGAUGAAUCAUAUGCAAGAUUCUAUUGCCUCUAAUACUGACUUAUCAGAGGAUGUAAAGCAGCAUGGGCUUAUUGAUGACAAUAUACAAUAUUUAGAAAAGGAGAAGGAGGGUUACGAGGAAUUUCUUCCAGACGUGCAUGAGACAGAUGCAAUCGACGAUGAAGAAACAGAGUUUUUCGAUGAUGGGGUAGAAGAAGCCGUUGAAGGUGAAAAUGAAGGUGAGGGAAAAGCAAAGUCAAGUGCCGCUGAAGAUUCACAGGAGGGAGCAAAGCCCGCAGAAUGUAAAUCCGGUAAGCCGCAAGAAGAACUGCCAAACUUCAAAUUUGACUGGGAAGCUUCAGAUUACCUAUCCAAAGUGGAAAGGUGCUUCCCAGAUGACAUUUUUGAAUAUGCAGUAAAAUGA